UCCCUGCUACUGGCAGGUGCAGUACGGAAUCCGGGUGGAAGGAAAUCCAAACGCCUUUAAAAUAAGCUGUGAGGUGAUGAGAAAUGUCCAACGGCAGCGAAGGACUAAAAUCAGUGUAUCGCGAAUCGCAGAGCCUAUAGCUGCAUCGUUCAAGAUGCCUGAAAAAGAAGAGGGAGCGAACACAUCGACCAACGCCUCCCCGAGACCGAGUUGCCUAACCCCAGAUAGUCAAGCACUAGCCGAUUCCAUCAUGGAAUCGGUCAAAGCAUCCGUUUCCAAGCUCAGAAGUGGAGAUCCACCCACCAUCUACAUAGUCCCACAAACAAUCCGGCAGGUAAACGAGGUUGCUUAUGAGCCUAAGAUGGUGUCGAUCGGCCCAUACCAUCACGGCAAGGAGAGGCUACUAGGCAUGGAAGAGAACAAAUUGUUGUAUCUACAUUCGUUCCUCUCCCGCAAUCCCGACCAUCGGUUGGAGGUCUACCUGGAGGCGAUUGAGGAAUUGAAGGAUAAAGCGCGAAGUUGCUACUCCGAGAAAGUGGGCCCACUUAUGGGCAACGAGUUUGUGAAAAUGAUGGUACUCGAUGCUUGUUUCAUUGUCGAGAUCUUUCUCAGGUGCUAUCCGAUCAUGUAUAAACUGAGGUUGCUCAGGCAACUAUGGGAGCUGCUCAAGCACAACGAGGAGGAUCUCGGUCUUAUUUCUGCAAUGGAUAAGUUCUUUUUCCAUUCAAAUGGCUUUGAAGACCUGAUACGUCAUGCGAAUGGGAUGGUGGACCUUAUAGGGUAUGAUAUGCUCCUCCUUGAAAAUCAAAUUCCUUUCCACCUUCUGCAGCGUAUUUUCAUAAUGGCUUGUCCAGUGAACGUACCACAUUUACUUGAGAAGAUGGCCCUUCAUUUCUUCAAUCGAUUCAUGUGUAGCAAUACGGAAAUCAAGAUCAAUGAAUAUUCCUACUAUCAUCUGCUCCAUUUGUUCCACUCGCAUUUGUUACCAACCCCAACUAAUAACAAGGAGGAGCCCAACCAUUCGUGCAUUCCUAAAAUCAAAUACGUCCUCAAGUUCAAGAAGAAUGAGAAAUCGAAUACCAUCAAACCCGUCCUCAACAAGUUGAAGAAUCUGCUCCCAUGUUCAAAUAAGGCACCGUUGCUAAAUACUAAAAGGCGACAGAUGAUGCCUUGCGCGACUGACCUCCAACUUGCGGGAGUCAAGUUCAAGAAGAAUGAGAAAUCGAAUAACAUCAAAUACGUCCUCAACAAAAAAAAAAAAAAGGCCCUGUUGCCUAUUACUAAACGGGAGAUGAUCCCUUGCGCGGUUGACCUCCAACUUGCGGGGGACGAGUUCAAGAAGAAUGAGGAAUCGAAUAGCAUCUUGAACGUGAAAUUUAGCCACGGGGUGUUGGAAAUCCCGCUCUUGUUGAUACAGGACUACAGUGAAACUCUCUUUCGGAACCUCGUAGCAUUCGAACAAUGCUACCCAGAAGCAAAUAUCCACUUCACGACUUACCUUAUGUUCAUGGAUUUCCUUGUCAAUACGUCCAAGGAUGCGGCGCUGCUCCAUCGCAAUGGGAUCAUAGAUAAUUUGCUGGGAAGCGAUGAUGAAGUGGCCCAUCUAUUCAACCGGCUCUGCAUUGGGAUAUUCCAUAAUUUCGAGGGAAGCUAUCUUUCGGAUGUAAAAGACAAUGUGCAAAAACAUUGCGAGAACAAAUGGAACAUGUGGCGGGCGAGCUUGAAGCGCAAUUAUUUCACCAAUCCAUGGUCUGUCAUUUCUUUGUUAGCGGCUUCGAUCCUCCUCCUCCUCACCAUCACCCAAACGUUCUACACCGUCUUUGCCUACUACCGACCUCGGUCCUAGUUCUUGAUCAUCAUGUUUUAAUGGUUUAGAUUAUUUUGAUUUUUCUUAUUUGUGUUUCGCUACUUGUGUGUGAAAAACAUUACUGUAGAAUAUAAAUCUAUCUUCAUUUUCUUUUAAAUCUGGUAA